AUGGAGAGUGGGGCGAAGCUUCGAAAGGUUCUAUCGGCGAAAGGAUCUAUCUAUCUAUCUAUCUAUCUAUCUAUCUAUCUAUCUAUCUAUCCGUCCGUUGAAGCGGAAGAUCUCGGCUCGCGGAUCACUAAAGUUCUCCUGGUAGGACGACGCGUCGGACCAGGGCGGCGCUACCUGAAGGCGUUCGAGGCCCGCGGAGUCCAGGCCGAGAUCUACGCGCCACUCGGCAGGGCAGGCCAAUCCAAAUGUGACCCUUCGACGCUCUGGAUCUGCCUCGGUCCAUGCGGACAGCUGGGGAAAAAGUGUCCGUCAGAAAAGCGAAAAAAGGUCAACCACGUCGAAUUGCUCAGUGAACAGCUGGGUGAGAGAGACGCGCUCUGCAACACACUGAGCACCCUCAGAAGACUUAGCGUGAACCAUCUGCGGCAAUGGUCAGCGCUGCCUCUGUGCUUCGUGUUGCCGGAACAGACACAGCAGUUCUCCGACGUGGCGGGCGCGCUGAGGCUUACGCAUACCGAUCCUUCGUCCUCCAACUGGCUCUUGAAGCCUGUCGGUGUGCAGGACAGGCGCAGGCAUCGAGCCAGGCAGGUCUCUACAGCGGCGCUCACCGACUCAGACUCUCUCCAUAAAACGCUCUCGCCGAUGCUCGAGCAAGGCCGAGUGGUGGCGCAGGAGACCCUGGUACGGCCACUGCUGGCGUCAAACGGCCGUUCGGUCCUGGUGAGAGUCUUCGCCCUGGUCACAUCGCUGGUGCCCCUGCGUGCAUACGUUCACCACGCGGGAACCGCCUUCCAAGGAACUGCGCAAGGACCACGGAGAAGUGACAAUAAGAUUCGGAUGAGCGGGAACUCUGUGCCCCUGAAACAGCUGUGGCAUCAACUGGGCAAAAUAUACGGAAGUUCGAGCGUGGAAGAGGUGUGGUCACAGAUAAAAAGCCAGGUCGCUGCCCUGCUGCUAGCUGCCGAGUACGAAAUCCUCUCGAGGAGUGUCACGAUGAACAGUAGCCGCAACCUUGGAGGCACGAUGGGGAGACCGACCGGCUUCCAGCUUCUCAGUUUCGAGUUUGCCCUGAACUCCACUCUCCAGCCGUUUCUGUGGCACGUCAACGUGAAGCCGCACUUUCUGGCUUCGCGAAGCGUCUCCAUGGACGCCGCCAAGUCUCAGAUCAUCGCCGACAUGGCCCGAAUCCUGGUGGCUGCCCAUCAAGUGGCACCGCAAGUGGCGCAGGCGUUGCGGGAAUCUGACACCAGCAUUGGCCUCAUGUGUCACUUCUGCCACCUUUCACAUGACAUCUGCCUCACGAAGAACGACUUGAGCUACCUUCUCCAGUCUCGGAGAGAACACAUGUCCAGAGGAAUGUUCGAGCAGAUCUAUCCAUCAAAGACGGACACAGAACUGAGUGAUCUCCUCUCUUCCCUUGACCACAAGAUUCAGAAGCAAGUUUUGUCGACGGCAGGAGCGCAACACUCCCCCGUAUUCGAUGUGAGCAAACAGCACCAGACGGCACAAAUGCACAGGCUGCUUAUCGAUGUGGAAGCACUUCUACUCCAGAAUGGACAACGAGGGAACGUGAAAUCGCGCAUCCUUCCAGGGUUUGGAGCAUUCAUUGCCACCAAGUGCAACUUUAUCAUUAAAGAACAGGAACUACGUGAGAUGAUGAAUCGUAACAUCGUGUACGAGGAAGAAGAAAUAGAUUGUUUGCAGGACCCGACAUCACUGCCGUACUUACGCCUGCUUCGCGUGAACCCGGAGCAGCCUUUGUCGCCCACCUUCCACCCGAACAAGACGGAGUACCACAUAGACGUGCCUUACGAGCAGAUGACCGUGGAAGUCCGAGCCAGAGCCCUCUACUGUCACGCGGAGGCUCGACUCGAUGACAGACUCGGGCCAGCAAGGCCGGUCAAUUACACGCUGGGCCUCGGUUACAACAGGGUCUGCGUGGUGGUGGUGGACAUCAGGCACGCCGAAGCCCGUGUCGCUAACGCGUACGUGUUGAGUGUCUUUAGACGCGAGCGCACCACGAGAAACGAAGAAGUUCAACCGCCCUUGGCCGGCCACUACGCCGUUUGCAGCCUCAAGCAGAGUUGCGAGCUCGUGAUCUAUCCGAAAGAACCGUGCGGGCUGCAUCUGGAGGACGCUGAAGAAUCGUGGACGUCAAUGGUCCAAAAACUGCGAACACUCGAUAUUUGUCCUUCAGGACACGAAGAUGGACGGUGGCUUUUGCCUUGUACCGACUGCGCAAGCUCGGACUCGUGCAUUUGGAGUAUGGCACGAUGGGCGCCCUUCAAGUGUCGAUACCCGGAAGUGACCAACACGUCACUGCAGGCUUGUCUGGAACGAAAGAAGCUGUUGUUCCUCGGAGACUCCACGAACCGCGGCAUCAUGUACUACGUGCUCAUGCGACUCAACGGCACCCUGGGCGAGUGGCACCGGAGCCACGGCAUUGCGUUGCACGCGCAGCGCCUCAACGGAGGCCGCACCGCGGCGGGCUUCGCCUACUACCCGCAGUUCUGGCUGCCGCCCAACCGCCGACCCACGCUGGCCAGAACGCUGAACCAGUUGGUCGAUAGCAUGCCGUCUCUGGAGAACAGCGAGAGAACAGUCCUGGUAAUCGGUGGCGUGCAGUGGCUCAACGUCAAACAGCUGUUAUCGCUGACGUCAACGCUGAAAGGACUUGGCCUGGAUAAAACGAAGGUUAUCAUAAAGACGUUCGGAUCUGGCUUUCACCAACGAACAGAUGGCGUUCACCAGAGCAUCUUGAGAAACCAACAAAAUCUAGCCAGGACAAACAUCGAUAUCAUCCGUCAAGCAUGCGAGCUUGGCAUGGAAGUGGUCGACACGUUCAACAUGACUACGGCCAGGUUCAAGGAUUUCAUGCAAGGAAACUGCGCCUGCCACUUCCACAAGGUGGUCAGCGACUCUUUGACGACGUAUCGCGUCGAGGGUCCCGUGAAUCAAGCUUACAGCGACAUUCUGCUGAGUCGUCUUUGCCAGGGACACAGGACAAAGCCAGCGUGAGCGAGGCUUACGUCGCGUCAACCUACGAAAAGGAUACCACGUCUUUCAUCCAACAGUGUCCAGCAAAGUGUGCGGUGCUUCAAAGUGUACGGUGCACAAAAACAAAAAAAAAUUGUUGGAACUC